AUGUGGCGUGUGAAUAAGUUUGGUUUUAUCCUCGUUCAGGUUGCAACAGUAUUGCUUGUGAUGGCGCUCGCCACUGCUAUGGCUGCUCCUCAGGAUCGAUGGCAAGCGCGGUCCGAUUGGAAUCUAGGUAGGGCACUGAAUUCCCGUUCGAGAUUGAAUCAAGUGCCGCGUCGUUUCGAAGCAGUUGUAGCAGCUGCAGCAGCGGAGCGAGAACAACAGCGUCGAGAACAAGAAGAGGGAGCUGUGGGAGAACAAGGAUUGGAUGAAUUGGCUGAACAGGGAGAAGUAGAAGAAAUUCUGGGUGGUGAGCAGGAAGAGAAUGGGCAAGGUGAAGAAGGUGAAGAGGGUCAAGAAGGUGGACAAGGUGGACAAGGUGAAGGUCAGCAGGAUGAAGGGCAGGAAAAUGGAGAAGAAGGCGGACUGCAGGAAGGCGGAGAGCAGGAAGGUGGAGAGCAGGAAGGUGGAGAACAGGAACAACAAAAUGGUCGUCAGCAAGGUGCAGCGCAACGUGGUCGACAAGGAGAACAGCAAGGACAGCAACAAGGGCAGCGACAGGGACAGCAACAAGGUCAGCGACAGGGACAACAACAAGGACAGCGACAGGGACAACAACAACAAGGACAGCGACAGGGACAGCAAGGACAGCGACAGGGUCAACUAGGACAGCGACAGGGACAACAGGGACAGCGACAGGGACAACAGGGGCAGCGACAGGGACAACAACAAGGCCAACAAGAGGGCCAACAACGAGGACAACAGCAAGGGCAACAACGAGGCCAACAACAAGGGCAACAGCGAGGCAAUGGUGAACAGAAUCAAAGAGGGGGUGAACAGGGGGCCGCUAAUGAACGUGGUGAAGGACAAGCCGGCCAGCGCGGUCAAGGUCAACGAGGUAACAAUCAAGGCAGACAAGGAGGCAACAAUGGUCAACGAGAAGGGGGCCAACAAGCUCAACGUGCUCAAGGUGGACAGCGCCAGGGUCAAGCCAAUCAACGCGGACAGGAACAACUUGGAGGUCAGAAUAAUCAACGGGGUCGUCAACAGGAGGGAUUGGCACAACAAAAUGGUCAACGAGGUAGACAACAGCAAAAUGAGCGCGAAGGAGAACAACAAAACGAAGGAGGCCAGGGCCAGCAGGGUGAAAAUGGUCUACAGGAGGGGAAUUUACUAGGGGGCGCAGAAGGUAAUCAACAAGGCAACGGGGAGCAAGGGGGCGAAGGAAUAGUUUUGCCCAAUUAUGAAUUUACGUAUGGAGUGUACGAUCCUAAGACCGGAGAUCAUAAGGAUCAAUGGGAAAAACGAGUUGGUGAUCAUGUAAGAGGUGUUUACGCUUUAGAUCAGCCAAACGGAAAGAAACGGGUAGUUGAGUAUGAGGGGGAUAAAAAGCGAGGAAUCGAGGUUAUUGUGACAGAAAUCAAACAGAAGAAAAAGGGAGGCAAGGAUGAACGCCGACAGAAGUUAAAUGGGAUAGCUCAUAGCUACAUUGCAGUGAAGAAAAUCGUUCCUUAA